GGCGGGGGCGGCCGGCGGGUGGGGGCGGCGGGGCGCGCGAGCGCGGCGCAGACAAAGCGGGGCCCGGCAGGGGUGGGGGCGCCGCCGGCAGCCGCGGGCCCGGCGGGGCGCGGCGCAUGGCGCUGGCCGCCCGGCGGGGGCGGCGACCGUGACCGGCUGCCGGGGGGCAGGGGCGCGGGGGAGGGCGGGGAGCUCUCGGGGGCGCCCGGGGACGGGCCGCGGGCACACGCGGAGCGCGGCCGCCGCCGCCGCCAUGGCCUUUGCUAAUUACAGCAGCCUGAACCGGGCGCAGCUCACCUUCGAGUACCUGCACACGAACUCAACUACUCAUGAGUUCUUGUUUGGUGCCCUUGCUGAACUUGUAGAUAAUGCCAGAGAUGCGGAUGCCACAAGAAUAGAUAUUUAUACUGAACAACGAGAGGAUCUGCGAGGUGGAUUCAUGCUGUGUUUUCUAGAUGAUGGAACAGGAAUGGAUUCAAGUGAAGCUGCCAGUGUGAUUCAGUUUGGUAAAUCAGCCAAGCGAUCGCCAGAGUCGACUCAGAUUGGGCAGUAUGGGAAUGGCUUGAAAUCGGGUUCCAUGCGGAUUGGGAAGGAUUUUAUCCUGUUCACGAAGAAGGACAACACAAUGACUUGCCUCUUCCUGUCACGGACAUUUCAUGAGGAAGAAGGCAUUGAUGAGGUCAUUGUUCCCUUGCCCACCUGGAACGCGUGGAGCCGAGAGCCUGUGACUGACAACAUGGAGAAGUUUGCUAUUGAGACUGAGCUAAUUUACAAGUAUUCCCCUUUCAAGUCAGAACAGGAAGUGAUGGAGCAGUUUAACAAGAUCCAUGGAGAAAAAGGCACCCUGGUGAUCAUCUUUAACCUCAAACUAAUGGAUAAUGGAGAGCCAGAGCUGGAUGUGACUUCUGACCUCCGAGAUAUUCAGAUGGCAGAAACACCCCCAGAGGGAACAAAGCCUGAGCGUCGCUCCUUCCGUGCCUAUGCUGCUGUGCUUUACAUUGAUCCCAGGAUGAGGAUCUUCAUAAACGGACACAAAGUACAAACCAAGAGACUUUCGUGCUGCCUGUACAAGCCAAGGAUGUACAAAUAUACUUCAAACCGUUUCAAGACCCGUGCGGAGCAAGAGGUGAAGAAAGCAGAGCACAUGGCAAGGAUAGCGGAGGAGAAGGCUCGAGAGGCAGAGAGUAAAGCCCGUGCACUAGAACUGCGCCUAGGAGGGGAUCUCACACGGGAGUCCAGGGUGACAUUACGUCAAGUCCAAAACUCUGCAAUCACCAUGCGCAGGGAGGCUGAUGUCAAGAAAAGGAUCAAGGAUGCAAAGCAGCGGGCACUGAAAGAACCCAAAGAACUGAAUUUUAUCUUUGGUGUGAAUAUUGAGCAGCGUGAAUUGGAUGGCAUGUUCAUUUAUAAUUGCAGUCGACUGAUAAAGAUGUAUGAGAAGGUGGGCCCACAGCUGGAGGGUGGCAUGGCAUGUGGUGGUGUGGUAGGUGUGGUGGAUGUGCCCUAUUUGGUUCUGGAGCCAACCCAUAAUAAACAAGACUUCGCAGAUGCCAAAGAGUAUCGACACUUGUUGAAGGCCAUGGGAGAGCACUUGGCUCAGUAUUGGAAGGAUGUUGCUAUAGCCCAGAAGGGUAUCAUCAAGUUCUGGGAUGAAUUUGGUUAUUUGUCAGCGAACUGGAACCAGCCUCCAUCUAGCGAACUACGCUACAAACGCCGAAGAGCCAUGGAAAUUCCUACCACAAUUCAGUGUGAUGUAUGUCUGAAAUGGCGGACUCUCCCGUUCCAGCUGAGUUCAGUGGAGAAGAAUUAUCCUGAUAGUUGGGUAUGCUCUAUGAACCCUGAUGCUGAACAAGACAGAUGUGAAGCAGCAGAGCAGAAGCAGAAAGUGCCACUGGGAACUCUGAAGAAAGACUUGAAGUCACAGGAAGAAAAGCAGAAGCAGCUGACAGAGAAAAUCCGCCAGCAGCAAGAAAAGCUGGAAGCUUUGCAGAAAACCACUCCAAUUCGAUCUCAAGCUGACUUAAAGAAACUGCCCCUGGAGGUGACUACACGGCCUGCAGGGGAGACCACCCAGUCACUGACCAGACCUCAGCGCCCACGAUCUCCUCCUUUACCUGAUGUAAUUAAAAACGCUCCCAGCAGACCGCCAUCAUCCAAGCCUCUUCCAAAGUCUGCCAGUCAGCAGAAAAAGAGUUCUCCAGCUCAGCCAACUGUUAGCACUCCCAAACUGGCAAGCGUGCCCUCGAAGGAGGAGGCCAGUACUUCCAGGACACACCAGCACACUGUGACAGCUGGAAAGUCCAGCAGCACUUUAAGAACUCCUGCCAAACCGGCUACAGCAGCGAAGCCAUCCUCUGCUGUCCCGCAGAGUCCCAAGAGCCCCCGUGAGACACCUAGUCCAAAAACUGCAAAGGUGCCAGUACUAAAGAAAUCUGUUGCUGUCAAAUGUACACAGGCGUCCACCACCCGGAAGAGGACUUUAAAUACCGCAGAAGAUGGGUCUGAGGAGGAAGCGGAGCAGAAGAAGGAGAAGACUAAACGAGGCAAAUUUGUGAUAGUGAAAGAGGAGAAGAAGGAUUCUAGUGAGGUGGUAGUAGAGCUCACAGACAGUGCAGGGGAAGAAGAGCUAGCAGAACUGAAGAAAGCUCAGAAAGAUAAAGGGCUGCAUGUGGAAGUGCGUGUGAACAAGGAGUGGUUCACAGGCCGUGUGACAGCUGUGGAAAUGGGCAAGAACGCUGUACGCUGGAAGGUGAAGUUUGAUUAUGUUCCUACAGACACCACACCGAGAGAUCGCUGGGUAGAGAAGGGCAGUGAGGAUGUGAGGUUGAUGAAGCCUCCCUCUCCAGAGUACCAGACUCCAGACACACAGCAGGAAGAGGAGGUUAUUGCAGCUGAACCUUCUACCUCAGACUGUAUCAGAAUUGAGCCAGACACCACUGGUCCCAGCAGCAGCCAAGAAACAGUAGACUUACUAGUUCAGAUCCUUCGGAAUUGUUUGCGGUACUUCUUACCUCCAAAUUUUCCCAUCUCCAAGAAGGAGCUGAGUUCCAUGAGCUCUGAAGAGUUGAUGGCUUUUCCCUUGAAAGAAUAUUUCAAACAAUAUGAAGUAGGUCUGCAGAACCUGUGCAAUUCAUAUCAGACACGUGCCGAUGCCCGGGCCAAAGCCUGCGAAGAAAACCUCCGCAACUCAGAGAAAAAGCUGAAGGAAACAGAAGAGAAACUGCAGAAGUUGAGGACUAACAUCGUGGCACUGUUGCAGAAAGUGCAGGAGGACAUUGAUAUUAAUACAGAUGAUGAGCUGGAUGCAUAUAUCGAGGACCUAAUCACCAAAGGAGACUGAGCAGCCCCGUUACAGACCCUGGAGAAAUGCAGAAGAGUUGGUUGCUGUAAGCAGACAUGUGGAUUCCUGCAGUGGAGAACUGUGGCAGCCAUCGAGAGGGGAGGGUUUUUAGACUAAUUGUGUUGUGUUGGUGUACAACUUGUUCUUGUGAUUAUACAUGAAAAAGACAUUUGUGCUGUUGGCAGGAAUGUUUUUAACAUUGUAGUUCUUCAAAUCUCUUCCUUCUGUUUAUAAAUAUUUAUUUUUAAAAGAAAUGGGAACUGUGCCUGGUAUGACGGGAGGGUUGCUGAGUGUUGUUAGGUAAAAGUGUGAGUACACUUUUUGCAUCUGGGCUAUAUUGAUAUGCUAAACCCAGAAGAUCAGAACAUCCUGCCUUGUAGAUUGUCUCAAGAAAGAUUCUGACAACAACUUAAAAAUACUGAGGCCUUGAGUUAUGGAACAGGAGGUCAGGACGUAGACUUUGAGAUACCAGCCUUGGGCUAGAGAAAGCCAAGUCAAGAAUUAGAGCUACACAGAGGAGGACAAAACAUUUUCUGUGUGGGCUUGAUGGGAUGGGAUGAAAUCUUGAGGGUUCUGACAAAGCUGGGAGGAAAUAGCAUUAGUGUAAUGAAGUUCCUGAACAUCAGGUUUCUGUGAGCAGGUGGAGCAGUUCAAGAUGUUAAUGUUUCUCUGAGGACAAGGAUCAUUUUUAAGGAGUCUGACCUGCUAGGCUGCUAGCAGUGAGUUGCGAUCAUCAGAGGGAGAAAGAGUUGGAGUUCAAAUUCUUUUCUAGCAGUCACUUUAUUGCACAUUUUUGCUGCUGUUCCUUUGAGGCAUAAUUUGCAAGGACAGAAGAACUCCUUGACCAGCUGAAAAUAAAGUGACAGUCUGUUCUAACGUCACUCUUUCAGGUUUGUGUUGCUUUGCUCAACUUGGUCUUCCCAGGUAAUUUUAAUUAGAGCACAAGGAUUUGGAGCCUUGCAUCACUGAAUUGCAUCUGGCCUUAGGUCAGCAACAAGGACAUCUCCUUUCCAUUUUCCUCCCAGUUGGAGGCUGUACUACAGCUCCUAGCAGACCACUUGAAGCAAAGAUAACUCAGUUUGAGUGCAUCAGUUAGCUCUCUUCUCUGUAAGAUUGUCUGCUAGGACAUAAUGUCUGUGAACUAAGUGUUCAGAAAACCCAAAUCCUCUACAGCCCAGUGGUCUGAAGAAACGCCAUGUGACCAAGAUGCGCCCACCCUUAGGAACACAAAAUGGACCACUGGGGUUCUUCUGAUGACAGUCGAAUGUGCAACAGAUGUUCUGCAGAUAAUCCCAAAUUAAACAUGUAUUGCACAGAACAACUCAAACACUAAAGGUUUAUUAUAGUACUGAAGAACUCCCAAGUUCUACAAAGCAUAGGAAAAGAGCAGAAAAGAGGGAAGACACUUAUUACCUGUGUCCCAGGUCCUUGUAAUAGCAUAGAAUUUAAGACUUGAUUGCUUUCAUUUAGGACAUGGGCCUUAAUAUCCUACUCUACAUGAGGGUAAGAAGUCCCAUCCCUGCCCCCUUCUUCCCCUCAAUACCCUUUUCUAGACAGAGUAGCAGCGUUACUCAAAUGGAGCAGUCACCACCAGCCUUCUCAAGUUCCUUACUAAUAUUAAAGGCAUUCUUUAAUUGUGAUUGCCUGCUGGUGCUUCAGAGGAAAAGGAUCCCUCUCUAGCAGCUUAAUUAUGUAUCAAGUUGAGAAGAAAUCUUCGCCCUUUCCAGGAGACCAGCAGAAAUUCUGAAGAACCAGAUUUAAUUAAAAUACAGUUCGGAGAUGGUGCAACUGCAGGAGUAUACAAUCUGGAGAAAACAGCUCUUCUAACAGCUUUCUUGAGCUUCCUGAAACCGUUCGAUCCCCUACUCCUGCUCUCCUAUUAGAAAGGUGUUAGAAUUUCAUUCCCUUGUUCCCUGGAAACUUCUGGUUUCCAGUUUUAACUUCUUUAUGGCAUUUUAUUUCUUUGAUCUUGUGUCAGAUAUUUUUAACUGACUUGCAUUUAUUCUCUGGAAUUACUUUCAUCAGUGCAAUUGAUGUGUAAUUGUCCCCUCUCAACUUCCAUUUUGCUAGGAAAAGCAAGCCAGGAAAUUUUAGCUGCUAAUAAAACAAGGUUUUGUUCUCAGUC